AUGGCAGUUGAGAUACUCAGAUACUGCCCCAUAAAGAAGUUCAACUCCUCCCAGGAGAUAGUGUUUGUGCUGCAUGGACUGAACGUGACACAGACAAACAAACACAUCUACUUCUCAUUUACUCUCAUCCUAUACAUCUUCACCAUUUUUGUGAAUCUGAUACUGAUCGUUACCAUUUUUCUGGAGAAAAUGUUGCAUGACCCUAUGUAUUUAUUUCUCUGUAAUCUGUGUAUUAAUGGUAUCUAUGGCGCUUCAGCUUUCUACCCAAAGAUACUUUAUGACCUUUUAUUUGACUCUCAUGUGAUAACAUACCCUGGGUGCAUGACCCAGAUAUUGGUAAUCUACUCCUAUGCUUUCUGUGAAUUCACCAGCUUGACAGUGAUGGCAUAUGACAGGUAUGUUGCCAUCUGUAAGCCGUUACAAUACCACUCUAUCAUGACUACUCGAAAAGUGUGGACACUGCUUCUUCUUACGUGGAUUUUCUCAUGGCUAGAAAGUGGCUUCGGGAUGGGAAUAACAGCUAAAUUACCCCUCUGUGGCCUCGACAUCGAUAAACUCUACUGCUCAAACUGGGCGGUCGUGAAGCUCUCAUGUGCUGACACCACUCUGAACAACCUUUACGGCUUCAUUGCCACUUUUUCUCACAUCUCUCAAAUGAUACUCAUCCUGAUUUCCUAUGUGAACAUCAUCAAAGCCUCUUUGCGUUCCCGGGCGGAGAGGAAGAAGUUCAUGCAGACCUGUCUGCCUCAUCUGAUCACCCUGACUAACUUCACCAUAUCCCUCACCUUCGAUGUGAUGUACGCUCGCUACGGCAGCAACACCAGCCUGCUGGCCCUGAGGAAUAUCAUGGCGGUGGAGUUCCUAGUUGUGCCUCCUCUGGUGAACCCUAUCAUAUACGGGAUGAAACUCACUCGGAUUCGGAAUAGAGUUGGACAGAUGUUUAAACGUAAAGUUGCUGCCUUGACCUAA